CCUCUUCCAAUCGUGAUCUAUCUAUCACAACAAUUUCUCAAGGAUGGCCGUCUGCGUGAAUGUGUUCCACAAGUGCCUUCGAUUACCUUCUACUUUGCUCAAACUACGACCUGUUGUUCACAAACUCAAUGCAACUCAAAUUACUCGUACAUUUUGUUCCACGAAUGCACUAGCAGCAAGAAAAUAUACAGAACAGCAUGAAUGGAUCGAUGUCCAAGGUAAAAUUGGAACCGUCGGAGUGACCGACUACGCACAAGGUGCUCUUGGAGAUGUUGUAUUUGCUCAACUUCCUGAACCUGACUCGGAGCUCAAUCAAAUGGAUGACUGUGGAGCUUUGGAAAGUGUCAAAGCUGCCAGUGAACUCUACAGCCCAGUCAGUGGAACCGUCGUAGAAAAGAACAAGGAUGUUGAAGAGACUCCAGCAUUGAUCAACCAGUCUCCAUACGAGCAAGGAUGGCUAUUCAAAAUCCAGCUCAGCAAACCAGAGGAGCUUGACGCCUUGCUAGACGAAGCAGGCUAUGAAAACCAUUUGAAAAACACAGGCCAUUAAAUGUUGGUAUUUUGGUUGUUUUGCAAUUGAAGUUUUGUAGAAUUGUAUCAAGUAGACAGCAAUUGAAUAAGAUAUUAUCUUUGGCCUUUGGGGCUGCAUGCCAGCAGAUAUUCCAAAAUAUAUGCCCCUAUACAUAAAA